UGCGCCGGUCAAAGGCGGCUGAUGAGGAGAGGAGCCGCCGAGCCCAGCGCGCCCGAGACGAGUACCGACGCCACUCGCUCCGUGCUAUCCAGAAGGGCACGGUCGCCGGCCUCAGCUCCAUGUUCCAGGAGCUCGGCCAGAGCCAUGAGCAGGAGGCAAGACUCUACCACCACCUCCCCGGGCCGGGUCCGCCGCAGCCCCUCGCCCUGCCGGUCAGCAGGACCUGGGAGCGCCCGCUGCGCCCAGUCUCCAGAGAUGUCAUCGUCCGCUGGUUUAAGGAGGAGCAGCUGCCUCGCCGAGCUGGCUUCGAGAGGAACACCAAGUUCAUCGCCCCCUGGUUCCAUGGAGGAAAUUAUCACUGUUUCAGGAGGAGAGUUACUUCAGGAACCCUGCGGACAGAGGGACAGCCCACCAGACUACCAUCUAUUGUUUGAAUAAUAUUUUUUUCCUUAUCAGUUGGAUUCCUUUGGGCAUCCUGUUUUUGAACUGAGCUUAAGAACUUCUCAACUCAAAUUCUAUGGCCUUCUGGAAGAUCCACCACUAUCUAGAGGAAAAAGUAGAUUAAUAUGUCUCAAGGGAUAUGACAUCUAUGGCAUAGGGCUACUGGUCUCAUCCCAGUGAUCAGGAGAGAAAUUGCUAAUAGCUCAUGCAACUCUUCCAUGAAGAGCUUAGCUAUAUGACCUUAGAAGACAAAGCCUGUUUGUUAUGGCCUCCAGAAACUGAGCUUUUACAGUGUGUGGACCAUGUUUUAAUAAUCCACAAUAAUUCCAGUGCCGAACCUUAAAUUUAACAUAUGGUAGACAUUCAGUAAAUGUUUGUUAACGAAUGCACAUCUUCUAAAAGUUUUCCAACACAAAUUAGCAGUGGUUUCUCGUAAAUUAUUUCCUACUUGCUGCUCUAUAAAAUCAUGGCGAUAAUGGAAGAUUAUGAAGGAUUUCUAUGGAGGACAUAAAUGCUGCCUCUUUCAUAAUCUCCAUUAUUACCCUUAUUGAUGUUAUCAUUGGAAUUACCUAAGGCGAGCCCCAGUUUCCAGGGCAGCUGAUUGACACUGUCCUGCCUUCCUUAUUUGACCUCUUCUUUUGUCACUCUCCUCUAUCUUUGAAUCAUAUCUUGGCCCUGGUUUUGCAAUGGUUUUAUGUAAUCCUACAGAUGUCUUCAAGACCUGGGGUGAGUUAUAAAUGCAAGAAUGGUUUUGAGAAAUCUGAUGUGGCUCUGCUCUCUGGGAUAUGGCCCUCUUUAUGCAGGUUACUCCAAUGAUUAGCUCUGUCCUCAUUGUCCUUUUAAUUCCCUUGUCAACUUAAUCUCAGUAUGUUCCUUAUAUUAACAAGAAGACUCACCCAAUAACUCCUCAGUAACUCUCAGUGAUGGUGUCUAUUGGUGCAUACUUGUGUUCCACAGUUAUAGCCAUAUACACAGAGGUAGUAUAUUAUGAAGAGAACAUUACAGUCUUUACAGUCAAGAAAACUUGGGUUCAGAUCCUCACCCUGGAACUUACUAGCAUUAUAAUGCUUGCAGCAUUGUGUUUGGUGAGAGGGAAAGAAUGAAGGGACUCUAGGGAUGUUAGGGAACAAUUUACUUUACUUGAUGGCUGCAUCAAACAUCUCCUAUGCCCCUCUUCUUCUCUUGCCUCACCUGUUCCUUAGAUUCUUGGUCACUUCUCUACCACAAGCCACCAGCACUGUAACCAGUUUUGCAUGGGUUCUGCUCUGCCUCCCUAUGUUGAUCAGUGUUAUGUGAGCAUAAGCCAGUGGUAGCUUGCCACAUGUCCCGUCUCCCGUUGCUGCAGAGGCAUAAGACAGAAGAGAUGGGAAGUGAAUGCCCCAUGUGGUGAAUCUGGGAUGAAUGGGAGUCACAGGCUGGUAGAUCGCUUUUUCCCCGUUCUUCCUCCUGGAUGAACUAUUCUGAGAGGCAUCUGUUUGAAUGGUCUUUUAGAAGACGGUCCUGCAAGAUCGGGCAACCAGUCACGAUGAAACCAAGUGGUGGCUGGAUCAGUAUGACACCCCCCCUGCUCCUGUUUGUUCCUUCUUCUCUGCCUUGCCCUGCUCUCUCCUGUUGCUCUGGGAUUGCACUUCUGAAUGAAGUAGCAGCUUGUAGGCUUUUGCCACUGGCUCUACCUUUUGGGGAAUCCAGGAUAAGAACCCAUCAUAGAGAAGUGUUCAAUAAUAUCAAUUUUGCAACUCAGCUCCGUGGCUUUCCCAGGUCUGCCUGUCUCACUACAUGCAUACAGUGAAAUGAUGGAAGGAACCUCCUUUCUGAACUCUAACGUGCCUUAAUUGAUUAUCAUUAAAAUUAUCAUUAAAAUUGCCUUAUUUCUAUGGACUCAGAGGAAUGAUGUUUUAGUUUUGGCUCUCUGAUGAUUUACCAACUAUGUGACUUUGUCCAAGUCAUUUAACUUCAGUAAACCUCAGUAUGACUGAAAAGAGAAUUUUCUGUGUGGCCGUCACUAGGUGUUUUUGCAGGUCAGUUAAAUGAUAAACAUGAAAGCUCUGUCCAAAUGAAAAAGGUAUUUCUAACAACAACCACAAUAACAACAACAAUUUAGUCCUUAGCCAUGAUGUGUCGGGGGAUAUGAUGUGAUGAUUUUCAAGGUGUUGGAAGAAACUUUUGUUCCAAGAACUAACAGCAGCUUUGAAAGCAGACCAAGAUGGGUUGAGGCCCUGAAUCCCUGGGCUGUUGUUCCUGUCACCCCUAAUUAAUAUGUGAGAGACAACAGCUGGGUUUUCCAUCCCUAACACAUUUAUUUCAUUUUAUUUGGGGCCUGCAAUUUCUGCAUGUCUCAUAUAUUUUAGGUUUUACCUUUUUACCUGGCUUUAAAAUAAAUCCCUUGUAAGUUGUCCUGCAAAUGAAAUUACUGUCUGGAAAACUGCAAUUUCAUCUUGAGAGUUUUAUUAUGCUAAUAAAUGUCAGGAUUCUCAAAU